AUGUUUUUCUGGGUAGUUCACCUGGUCAGCCUUCAGCUCCCUGUUGCUUAUUGCUGGACUCCCAGCUGCUACAGGACAGAGUCCUCUCCAGGCUUCAGCCUCCCAGGGGAUUUCCUCCUUGGGGGCCUGUUCUCUCUCCAUGCUGACUGUCUGCAGGUGAGGCACAGACCCCAGGUGACAAGGUGUGACAGACCUGACAGCUUCAAUGGCCAUGGCUACCACCUCUUCCAGGCCAUGAGGUUCGGCAUUGAGGAGAUAAACAACUCCACAGCCCUGCUUCCCAACAUCACCCUGGGGUACGAACUGUAUGAUGUGUGCUCAGAGUCUGCCAACGUGUACGCCACCCUGAGGGUGCUCGCCCUACAGGAGACUAGGCACAUCGAGAUGCAGAGAGAUCUUCACAACUAUUCCUCCACGGUGGUGGCACUCAUUGGGCCUGACAACACUGACCACGCUAUCACUACUGCUGCCCUGCUGGGCCCCUUUCUGAUACCCCUGAUCAGCUAUGAGGCCAGCAGUGUGAUACUCGGUGAAAAGCGGCAGUACCCAUCUUUUCUCCGUACCAUCCCCAGCGAUAAGCACCAGGUGGAGGUCAUGGUGAGGCUACUGCAGAGUUUCGGGUGGGUCUGGAUCUCACUCAUCGGCAGCUAUGGUGAUUACGGGCAGCUGGGGGUAAGGGCUCUGGAGGAGCUGGCCACAUCUCAGGGCAUCUGCAUUGCCUUCAAGGACAUCGUCCCUUUCUCGGCCCGGGUGGGGGAGCCCAGAAUGCAGCGCAUGAUGGACCACUUGGCCCAAGCCAGGACCACUGUGGUUGUGGUUUUCUCUAACCGGCACCUGGCUAGAGUGUUCUUCCGCUCUGUGGUGCUGGCCCACCUGACUGGCAAGGUGUGGAUUGCCUCAGAGGACUGGGCCAUCUCCACAUACAUCAGCAAGAUGCCUGGGAUCCGAGGCAUUGGGACAGUGCUGGGCGUGUCCAUUCAGCAGAGACAAGUCCCUGGCCUGAGAGAGUUUGAAGAGUCUUACGUCAGGGCAGUAACGGGUGCUCCCAGGGCCUGUCCAGAGGGGUCCUGGUGCAGCAGUAACCAGCUGUGUCGGGAGUGCCAUGCCUUCACUGCGCAUAGCAUGCCCACACUCGGGGGCUUCUCCAUGAGUGCUGCCUACAACGUGUACCAGGCUGUGUACGCUGUGGCCCACGGCCUCCACCAGCUCCUGGGAUGCACCUCGAAGGUCUGCUCCAGAGGCCCAGUUUACCCAUGGCAGCUUCUUCAGCAGAUCUACAAGGUGAAUUUUCUUCUCCACAAGGAUACUGUGGCAUUCGAUGAUAAUGGGGACCCUCUAGGUUAUUAUAACAUCAUUGUCUGGGACUGGAGUGGACCUGAAUGGACCUUUGAGGUCAUCGGCUCUGCCUCAUUGUCUCCAGUUCAUCUGGACAUAAAUAAGACGAAAAUCCAGUGGCACAGGAAGGACAAUCAGGUGCCGACGUCCGUGUGCACUGGGGACUGUCGGGAGGGUCACCACAGGGUGGUUGUGGGCUCGCACCACUGCUGCUUCGAGUGCAUGCCUUGCGAAGCUGGGACCUUUCUCAACAAGAGCGAUCUUCACAGCUGCCAGCCUUGUGGAAAAGAAGAAUGGGCACCGCAGGGAAGCACAGGCUGCUCCUCACGUGCUGUUGAGUUCCUGGCUUGGCAUGACCCCAUCUCUUUGGUGCUAUUAACAGCUAACACACUCUUACUGCUGCUGCUGGUUGGGACUGCUGGCCUGUUUGCCUGCCAUCUUCACACACCGGUGGUAAGGUCAGCCGGGGGCAGGCUGUGCUUCCUCAUGCUGGGUUCACUGGCUGCAGGGAGUUGCAGCUUGUAUGGCUUUUUCGGGGAGCCCACGGUGCCCACAUGCUUGCUGCGUCAGCCACUCUUUUCUCUCGGGUUUGCCAUUUUCCUCUCCUGCCUGACAAUCCGCUCCUUCCAACUGGUUGUGAUCUUCAAGUUUUCUACCAGGAUACCCACAUUCUACCACACCUGGGCCCAAAACCACGGUGCUGGUCUAUUUGUCAUUGUUAGCUCCGGGGUCCAUCUGCUCAUCUGUCUCACAUGGCUUGCAGUGUGGACCCCACUACCCAGCAGGGAAUACCAGCGCUUCCCCCAUCUGGUGAUUCUUGAGUGCACAGAGGUCAACUCCGUGGGCUUCCUGUUGGCUUUCACCCACAAUACCCUCCUCUCCAUCAGCACCUUUGCCUGCAGCUACCUGGGUAAGGAACUGCCAGAGAACUAUAACGAAGCCAAAUGUGUCACCUUCAGCCUGCUUCUCAACUUCGUAUCCUGGAUCGCCUUCUUCACUAUGUCCAGUAUUUACCAGGGCAGCUACCUGCCCGCGGCCAAUGUGCUGGCGGGGCUGACCACUCUGAGUGGCGGCUUCAGCGGUUACUUCCUCCCCAAGUGCUAUGUGAUUCUCUGCCGUCCAGAACUCAACAAUACGGAACACUUUCAGGCCUCCAUCCAGGAAUACACGAGGCGCAGCGGCUCUACCUGAUCCAUGGGGACUGUUGGGGCAGGGCAGGACCAGAAGCCUCUCCUGUCUUGAAGGUGGCAGGUCCAGCGGGGCUGAGAGCCUGAGGUGUCUGGGAGAGUUCACCCACGGCUUGCGUUGUAUAAGCACACAGAAGAAUCCAGUGCAAUAAAGCCGUAAUGUGUGUGUGUAGUGUCUGUGUAGCUUCUUGGCUGCUCUUCCGGUCUGGG